AAACCCAAAACACACACACAAACACAAACACACACCGACCCGCCUCUCCCGAAUCUUCCCUCCGUUUCUCUCAACCUUUUUCAAAGAAAAAAACAAAUAAAAAUCAAAUCUUUACACAAAAAACCCAAUUCAAAUCAAGCCCUAAAUUCAUCAAUGGGGAAAGAUGAAGAAGAUAUGAGGGGUGAAAUGGAAGAGCGUCUAAUAAACGAAGAAUACAAAGUAUGGAAGAAAAACACCCCUUUUUUAUACGAUUUGGUUAUCACCCACGCGCUCGAGUGGCCUUCGUUGACUGUCGAGUGGCUUCCCGACCGCGACGAGCCAGCUGGCAAAGAUUAUUCUGUUCAGAAGAUGAUUCUUGGGACCCACACUUCUGAGAAUGAGCCUAAUUAUUUAAUGUUGGCUCAGGUUCAGCUGCCUCUUGAAGAUGCUGAAUAUGAUGCUCGACAUUAUGAUGAUGACAGGUCUGAUUUUGGUGGAUUUGGUUGCUCUAAUGGCAAGGUACAAAUUAUACAGCAAAUAAAUCAUGAAGGAGAGGUGAACAGGGCUCGUUAUAUGCCUCAAAACCCUUUCAUUAUUGCCACAAAAACAGUCAGUGCAGAAGUCUAUGUAUUUGAUUAUAGCAAACACCCAUCUAAGCCUCCUCUAGAUGGAGCGUGCAGUCCUGAUUUAAGAUUACGGGGCCACAACACUGAGGGGUAUGGCCUAUCAUGGAGUAAGUUUAAGCAGGGUCAUUUGCUGAGCGGUUCUGAUGAUGCUCAGAUUUGCUUAUGGGACAUUCAAGGAACCCCCAAAAAUAAAUCGCUUGAUGCGAUGCAAAUAUUCAAGGUUCAUGAUGGUGUUGUAGAAGAUGUAGCUUGGCAUUUGAGGCAUGAAUAUUUAUUUGGUUCAUGUGGGGAUGACCAAUACGUGCACAUAUGGGAUCUCCGAUCUCCAUCAGUUACCAAGCCUUCCCAAAGCGUCAUGGCUCAUCAAAGUGAGGUUAAUUGCUUAUCAUUCAAUCCUUUUAACGAGUGGGUUUUUGCAACCGGAUCAACAGACAAGACCGUGAAGCUGUUUGAUUUAAGAAAAAUCAACUCUGCUCUCCACACCUUUGAUUCUCACAAGGAGGAGGUGUUCCAAGUUGGAUGGAAUCCACAAUGCGAGACAAUUUUAGCUUCAUGCUGUCUUGGUAGGAGACUCAUGGUGUGGGAUCUUAGUAGGAUUAACCAGGAACAAACACCAGAGGAUGCUGAAGAUGGCCCACCAGAACUGCUCUUUAUCCAUGGUGGACACACAAGUAAAGUUUCAGAUUUCUCAUGGAACCCAUGUGAAGACUGGAUUGUUGCUAGUGUUGCAGAAGAUAACAUACUUCAAAUAUGGCAGAUGGCUGAAAAUAUAUACCAUGAUGAAGAUGAUAUGCCUGCCGAGGAAUCCCGAGGUGCUUAAAUGUGAAGAAUCUGUAAACCAUCAACAUAACUAAAUGAACGUGUAUCAAUUGUUUUCCGUUUAAACCACGACAUUAUUACCUUCUGUGUUAAUCGUUUUGUGUUGUUCUACAUGUUAUAAAAAAUCACUUGAUUAGUUAGUGGAAUUCAUGUAUGUUUUUGAUA